AUGAAACUCGAAGAGGCUUACCGUACUCCAGAGCAUCAUUAUCAGAAGGCAGAAGCGCCACCCUUUGUAAUAGACUUGCUCAGGAACCCUGCGGCCGAAGUACCCGAAGCGAAAAAGGAAGUACUCUUCCCUUCCACAUACUGGGCGGAACUUGGCGAGGUGCGUCUCGUUAAAAACAACGAGAAAGAAUUUCUAGAGGGAGAGUUCUCGGUGCCAAAACUUGACAGCCUAUACGACCAUCUAUGGCUUGCUGGGCUUCCAGUGCCGCCACGGCCACUGCAUUACCAGCUGGUAUUGCAGCGGGAGAUAGUCGUCUGUGAGAAAAUGGACGUGCACCUGGUCUGGGGCAAUCGGAGGAUACACAUCAAGCCCAUUCCGUGGUUUCUGUUGUCUCCUGCGUUUUGGGAGACUAAUCUGCAGUGUGCAGAGGGUUGCGACUGCUCUCGCAGUCAAGCCUACGGUGACAAUCACACACAUUGCAAGACAAAGACGCAAAGGACCAUCGCCCUCGGCUUCCUCUUCACAUACACAGCCCUCAUCUCAUCACAACACGACUUUCACCUCGCCCAAGAAGCCCAUCUCAUCCCAUCCGAGCGCUCAGGCACCAGUGUCAACUGGACGAACUGGCAAACCUUGGUCGAACAGAUCCUAACCUCGUCCUCGACCUCCAUCUACGAAAGCAUCCACCGCCGCUUCCACUACGGCGAACUCCGCGCAAACCGCCUAAACGCAGUCUCCCUACUAACCAGGCAGACGUACUUCCUCAACCAAUGGCCUGAUUACAACAGCUUCAUUCGCGACCAGCUAGGCUGGCUCGCCGCAACGACCAUCUACAUUGCACUGGCGUUGUCUGCGAUGCAGGUAGGCCUGGCAACGGAGAGGCUCGAGAAGGACAGGGCGUACAUGGCCGCGGCGUACGGGUUCAGCGUCUUUGCAAUUAUAGGACCCAUUGUUGGCGGUGUCCUUAUUGUUUGUGUUAUUCUGGUGGUUGGGGUGGUUAAUUGGAGGUUUCAGAGAUAUAGGGCCAAGCAGCGGUUUAGGGUUAUUAUGGGGAGUGUUGUUGAACCCCGUCUUCGAGCGAGUGCAGCGAGACAGGGGCUUGAAUAUCGUAUUCCCACCGGAGGGGCAUGA